AUGAAGGUCAUUUCGGCAAUUGCGUUUUUCUCUCUUCUGGCCUCUGGUCAAGCCACUGGAUCAUACUGGGGAUCUGAGAAAUACUACUCCAGCCCGGGUAGAUCACCUAACAAGUGUAACGAGUACCAGAGCAAGGGCUUCAGCUGGACUGACCUCGCUGCUGGCUCUUUCUCCGAGUAUGGUGGCUUCUCUUUCUCUGGUUUCACUUGCGGCAAUGGAUUUGGUUCUAGCCUCGGCAAGCGUGGUACCCAGAAAUGUAUCUCCGGUACCGUCUCCAAAGGUAGCUCCUCUAGCUCCAGGGCUAGUUCCAGCUCCCAAAGCUCCGGUUCUUCGGCUCCGUCAUUUUCCUGUGGCUCAGAUGAGAGUGGCUUCACUGUGACCAACUUUCACGUUGCCACCGAGAAGGAUACCGAAUUGGACAUCAUCUAUAGCAUGCCUGAUGGCUCGACUUGCAAGAACACCGCUUCCUGCAACUCAGCUGGUACUGUGGUCACCAACGACCAGUGUGGUGGUGCUAAGUCUGUUCACUUCGAGCUUCCCGACGAUAGUGAACAUGAGAGCUGCGGUUUCGGCAUCUACAGUGUUGGCUUUGACUGCACUCCUGGUUCCACAACCACUGCGCCUAUCAUUGCCACCACUGCUCAUGUUACCAGAGUUCCAUAUGGACGGAGAUCUGUGUCUGUUGGCUCUGGCUCCGUCGUGCCUCCAGUCUCUGUUCCAGGCCCUGUUGUGGUCCCAACCACCACCUCAGCGGUGAGCACACCUCUUCAGAUGACUACAUCGACUGUGUUUACCACCAGUUUGAUCACUAUCACUAGCUGUGCUCCGACUGUUACCGAUUGCCCUGCUGGAUCAGGCUCAACCACUGUGGUAACUUCUACCAUCGCUCUUUCCACCACAGUCUGCCCCGUCACAGAGACUGCUCCUGUCGGGGAAACUACUUCUGCUGCAGAGACCAGUCCUGUUGUGGAUACCACUACUGUCGCUACAACCUCGCCAUCCGUGCCUGCCGUGACCAGCCCGACCGGUGUUCUACCUGUCAGCUCAUCGGCUGGUGUUCCUCCUUCUAGUGGUACAUCUAUUCCUACAUCUUCGGUUCCGGCUUCUUCUGUUUCCACCACUACCCCCGCUGGAACUUCCGCCCUUUCCACCCCGUUGAUCACCACUCCAGUCCAAAUGACUACCUCAACCGUGUACACGACCAGCGAGGUCACCAUUACCAGCUGUGCCCCUGAGGUCGUGAGCUGUCCAGCGGACUCGACCACAGUCGUGACUUCGACUAUUCCGAUCUCGACCACUGUGUGUCCCGUCACUGAGACUACUGUUGCCGCUACUAGCUCAUUAUCUGUUUCCGUUGUACCCAGCCCGAGCGGUGUUCUCCCUAUUAGCUCAUCUGCUGGAGUUCCUCCUUCUAGUAACACAUCCAUUCCUAUAUCUUCGAUUUCGGCUUCCUCUUCUUCUAGUUCCUCCACUACCCCCGGUGGAACUUCUGCCGCGUCCACCCCGUUGAUCACCACUCCAGUCCAAAUGACUACCUCGACCGUGUACACGACCAGCGAAGUCACCAUUACCAGCUGUGCCCCCGAGGUCGUGAGCUGUCCAGCGGACUCGACCACAGUAGUGACUUCGACAAUCCCUAUCUCGACUACUGUGUGUCCCGUCACUGAGACUACUGUUGCCGCUACUAGCUCAUUAUCUGUUUCCUUUGUACCCGGCCCGAGCGGUGUUCUCCCUGUUAGCUCAUCUGCUGGAGUUCCUCCUUCUAAUGGUACAUCGGUUCCUUUAUCCUCGAUUUCGGCUUCUUCUAUCUCGUCUAUCACGACUGAGACCCCAGUCGGAACUUCCGCCGCUUCCACCCCGUUGAUCACCACACCAGUCCAGAUGACUACCUCAACCGUGUAUACCACCAGCGAGGUUACUAUCACUAGCUGUGCCCCUGACGUUGUGAGCUGCCCAGCGGACUCGACCACAGUAGUGACUUCCACUAUCCCUAUCUCAACUACUGUAUGUCCCGUUACUGAGACUGCUACAACUGAUGUCGGCUCCACACCUCUGCUUACAGGCACAAGCCCAAGCGGUGUCUUGCCUAUUAGCUCCCCGGUCGGAUCUUCUACCGCUUCAACCCCGUUGAUCACCACUCCAGCCCAGAUGACUACCUCAACCGUGUACACUACCAGUGAGGUCACUAUUACUAGCUGUGCCCCCGAUGUUGUGAGCUGCCCAGCGGACUCGACCACAGUCGUGACUUCGACAAUCCCUAUCUCGACUACUGUGUGUCCUGUCACAGAGACUGCCACAACUGAUGUCACCUCCACACCUCUGCUUACAGGCACAAGCCCAAGCGGCGUCCUGCCCGUGAGCUCCCCGGCUGGAUCAACUCCUACUAGUGGCACUUCAGUUGUUUCCACGUCGGUCGGGACCUCCUCAGCUCCUGGUGUGACCUCCUCGGUUCCCGACGUUACCUCCGAUGCCUCGUCCCCUACCCCCUCGUCUCCUGUCAGUACUACCCCCGCUCCUGGAGAGGAUACCACCACUGUCGUUACUUGGGAGACUGUAACCACUUGCCCGGUGACUAGCACUGUUACCUCCGGUAGCUCAACUUUCGUGACUACCUCAAGUACCAUUUCAACUGUUACUUUGACUACUGUCUCUACAAUCUGCACCCAGUGCUCGGCUACCGCUACCUCUGUUGCUGGUCAGAGCACCGUUGCCCCAUCUGGUACGUCCGAGGCUUCGAGCACUGGGCCAUCCGGUACGCCGGAAGGAUCAAGCCCUGUCUUUUCCACAACCGCAGAGGCCUCUAGUCCCCUCCCCAGCGGCCCCGAUGUUACCAGCAUGGUCCCCUCUAGCGUGGGUGCUGAAACCACACCUGCGAUUCCCCAAGGUUCGACUGCCACGGUUAUAACUUAUGUAACUGAGACCACCUGUCCUGUGACUGCCACUAUCACUUCUGGAUCAUCGACAUUCGUCACGACAUCCAACACAGUUUCAACCGUUACGUUGACGUCCACUUCCACUCUUCCCAGCUCUGUGGCUGCCGGAAGCACACCUGCUCCCUCUGAGACAAGUGUCGCCUCCACCGCCCCUACGGGUCCCGCUGUCACCAGUAUCAUUUCAUCUAGCAUUAGCAUCAGCUCUACACCCACUGUUCCCGAGGGUGAGACUACAACCGUUGUAACUUACGUGACCGAAACCACCUGCCCUGUGACUGCGACUAUCACUUCUGGCUCGUCGACUUUCGUCACGACAUCUAGCACAGUGUCAACUGUUACCCUGACCUCCACUUCUAACCUUCCCAGCUCUGUUGCUGCCGGAAGCACUCCUGCUCCCUCUGGGACGGAAGUUGCCCCCGCUACUGCUCCUACGGGUCCCGCUAUCACCAGUGUCUUUUCAUCUAGCGUCAGCGUCAGCUCUACGCCCACUGUUCCCGAGGGUGAGACUACAACCGUUGUGACGUAUGUAACUGAGACCACCUGCCCUGUGACUGCCACUAUCACUUCUGGAUCGUCAACUUUCGUCACGACGUCUAGCACAGUUUCAACUGUUACCCUGACCUCCACUUCCCUUCCAAGCUCUGUUGCUGCCGGAAGCACUCCCGCUCCCUCUGAGACAGGUGUCGCCUCCACUACUGCUCCUACGGGUCCCGCUAUCACCAGUGUCUUUUCAUCUAGCUUCAGCGUCAGCUCUACGCUCACCAUUCCGGAGGGUGCCACUACUACCCUUGUGACUUACGUGACCGAGACAACCUGUCCCGUGACCAACACCGUCACUUCAGGUUCUUCCACCUUCGUAACCACAUCCAACACAAUCUCUACAGUGACCCUCACCUCCGUCUCAACUAUCUGUACCCAAUGCGCCACCACUGCUACUGCUGCCACCGAGGCCAAUUCCCUUUCGACGGCCAGUAAUACCCGAGCAGCCCCCACCGGUGUUUCCCCGGUAUCGAGCCCAGCUCCCUCAGCUCCCUGCCCCAGUACCGUGCCCCAGUGUAUCAACACCUGGCUCACCCUCACCCCCAAGUGCACAUCCAACAGCGACGCCUCAUGCUUCUGCCCCAACAGCGAGUUUACCAACAAAGUCAUCUCCUGCAUCCAAGCCUGGGGUGCCUCCAAGGAAGAGAUCCAAUCCGCCCUCUCCUACUUCACCGGUAUCUGCGCUGCCUGGGUCCCUCAGAACCCAGGCAUCGUGACCGCCAUCCCCUCAACCAUCACCCUAAUCCCGACAGUCGCUCCUUCCGCGCCCCCGUCUAGCGUCGCCGGCGCCAGUGUCACCGCCAGCGCCGUCGUCCCUAUCACCUCUGGCCCUACCGGCCCCUGCACAACAAUCACCUAUUCGACAUACACCGUCACCGUGCCGCAGGUCAGCUUCGUGACAAACACCGGUACUAGCUCCGGUGCCGCCCCAACCAUUGGUCUAGUCCCGGCUGGUCCUAGUGGCAUUUCCCCAGCACACAGCGGCCGUGUUCCCCGCCCUGCAUCGGCGACAUGGUUGACCUCAAGCGGUUACCCAUAUGCCAGUCGAAGCCCGAUCAGAAGCGCCUCUCCCAGCGCAUCCCCGGUCUUCAACUCGGCCUCGAGCUUGUCAAUUGCUUCCAGUCUGGUGCUGGCUUCUCUUGCUGCUUUCUUCAGCUUGGUGAUGUAG